AGAAAAUCCCGACCCGGACUCUGCAAAAAGCAUCAUUUCUUUUCUGCCGUCGGAUUAAACCAGUCCCCGUCUCUCCAACACCGCCGAAAUAACGCCAAGACAUGAGCUUCUGAACGUUAUUGAUGCUGAACUGAGUGGUCCAGUGCUGUCCUCCAGUGUUUCCCCUCCCCUGAGUUUUCUGCCCCUCAGUCUGCCACCUGGUUUGUGAGCAGCCAUGACAAAAUCCUACGAGUUCAACUGGCAGAAGCACCUGCCUGAGUACAUGCAGGAGGGUCGCUUCUUUGACCGGUUUGAUGAGGACCCGUACUUCUUUGAGCCCAACUGUCAGAUGAAAGUGGACGAGUAUGGCUUUUUCAUCACAUGGAAGAGUGAAGGAAAGGAAGGCCAGGUCCUCGAGUGUUCGCUCAUUAACAGUAUUCGCGUUGGUGCUGUCCCAAAGGACCCCAAAAUCUUGUCAUCGUUCGAGGCCAUUGGAAAAACGGAGGCAGACUUAGAGGGCUGCAUCAUCUGCAUCUGCAGCGGCACAGACCUGGUCAACCUCAACUUCAUGUUCAUGGUGGCGGAGAACCCAGACACAGCCAGGAAGUGGAUCGAGGGUUUGAGGUCAGUGAUUCACAACUUUAAGGCCAACAAUGUCUGUCCAAUGACCUGCCUCAAGAAGCAUUGGAUGAGAAUGUGCUUCCUGACUAAUGUUAAUGGGAAGAUUCCUGUGAGAGGCAUUACAAGGACAUUUGCAUCAGGGAAGACAGAGAAGGGGAUCUUUCAAGCUCUGAAGGAUCUGGGUCUUCCUAGUGGAAAGAAUGACGAGAUUGAACACUCAGACUUCACCUUUGACAUUUUCUACGCACUCACACAGAAGAUCUGCCCUCGCACAGACAUAGAGGAACUCUUCAAGAAUAUCAAUGGGAGCAAAACUGAUUAUUUAACUGUAGACCAGUUAGUCAGCUUUCUGAAUGAAAACCAGCGCGAUCCUAGGUUAAAUGAGAUCCUGUUCCCGUUCUACGACCCCAAGAGAGCCAUGCAGAUCAUCGAGAAAUAUGAGAGAGAUGAUGAGCUGAAGAAGAAAGGUUUUAUGUCCAGCGAUGGUUUCUGCCGGUACCUGAUGUCAGACGAGAACGCUCCAGUGUUCUUGGACCGGCUGGAACUGUACCAGGAGAUGGACCAGUCACUGGCCCACUAUUUCAUCAGCUCCUCCCACAACACUUACCUAACAGGCCGACAGUUUGGAGGGAAGUCCUCUGUGGAGAUGUACCGACAGGUCCUGCUGUCUGGAUGCAGAUGUGUGGAGCUGGACUGCUGGGACGGAAAAGGAGAGGACCAGGAGCCCAUCAUCACUCAUGGCAAGGCCAUGUGCACAGACAUCCUGUUCAAGGAUGUUAUCCAAGCCAUUAAGGAAACAGCAUUUGUCACAUCAGAAUACCCUGUCAUAUUGUCCUUCGAAAACCAUUGCAGUAAACCACAACAGUACAAGAUGGCCAAGUAUUGUGAGGAGAUCUUUGGUGACUUUCUCCUCAAACAGCAUCUGGAGAACUACCCGAUUGAAACUGGGCGCUCGUUACCCUCUCCAAACGAGCUCAAACGUAAAAUCCUCAUCAAAAACAAACGCUUGAAACCUGAAGUUGAACAAAAGCAGCUAGAAGCCUUUAAGAAACACAUGGAGGCAGGAGAGACCAACACACCUGCCAUCAUUAUGGGAGAGGAGAAUGAAGAAGACACAGAGAAUGGAGAAAAAGAAGCCGAAGAAAAGGAUUUGAAUUCGGAGGCCCCCAGCAGUCUGUCAGAGACCAGUGAGAAAGAGGCCAACAGUGUUUCCCAGAGUAACGCUGUCAGCUCGAAAAAAGUGGAAGAUCGCAGCAACAGUAUCAAGAAGGUGCCUGACGAUGAAGUGACAGAAAUGUCUGAAGCCACAGAAGCAACAGAUGCCACAGAUAUCUCAGAAGCAUCUGACCUAGAAACCAAAAAGGAAGAGCCAGAAGACUCUGAAGAGGCUCUGAUAGCUCAGUACACCUAUGUAGGAGCCACCACUAACAUCCACCCAUACCUGUCAGCCAUGGUCAACUACGCACAGCCUGUCAAGUUCCAGAGUUUUGAUGUGGCGGAGGAGAGGAACAUCCACCAUAACAUGUCAUCUUUCAACGAGUCUGUUGGUCUGGGCUAUCUGAAGACUAAUGCCAUCGAGUUUGUCAACUACAACAAGCGUCAGAUGAGCCGUAUCUACCCCAAAGGGGGCCGGGUGGACUCCAGUAAUUACAUGCCUCAGAUCUUCUGGAACGCAGGCUGCCAGAUGGUCUCGCUCAACUUCCAGACCCCAGACCUGGCCAUGCAGUUGAACCAGGGAAAGUAUGAAUACAACGGCUCCUGCGGGUACCUGCUAAAGCCCGACUUCAUGCGGCGGUCCGACAGGAUGUUUGACCCUUUUUCAGAGACACCGGUGGAUGGUGUCAUUGCUGCAACCUGCAGUGUGCAGGUGUUCUCUGGACAGUUCCUGUCAGACAAGAAAAUCGGCACGUAUGUUGAAGUCGACAUGUACGGCCUCCCAACAGACACCAUCAGGAAGGAGUUUCGCACACGUAUGGUGAUGAACAACGGACUGAACCCUGCUUACAAUGAGGAACCCUUCGUCUUCAGAAAGGUGAUCUUACCGGAUCUGGCAGUACUGCGCAUCGCAGUCUACGACGACAACAACAAGCUGAUUGGCCAACGCAUCCUGCCUCUGGACGGCCUGCAGGCUGGCUAUCGUCACAUCUCUCUUAGGAACGAGGGCAACAAGCCCCUCUCGUUGCCCACCAUCUUCUGCCAAAUCAUCCUCAAGACCUACGUACCCGACGGUUUUGGAGCUAUUGUGGAUGCUCUAUCAGACCCAAAGAAGUUCUUGACCAUAGCAGAGAAGAGAGCUGACCAGAUGAAGGCACUCGGGAUUGACACGAAUGACAUAGCAGAUGUUCCCAGUGGAAGCUCAAAGAACGACAAGAAGGGAAAGGGUAAAGGGGACACUGUGAAGGCCAAUGUAACACCACAGUCCAGCUCAGACAUGGGCCAGACCUCCAACUCUGCCCAAAAUAACACAGCAGAAACCAAGAAGGAUAAUACACUUGUGCCUAAUGUCAGCAUUGAUGAAUUAAAACAAAUGAAGACAUACCUUAAAUUGAUUAAAAAGCAACAGAAGGAGCUCAACACUUUAAAGAAGAAACACUCAAAGGAUCAAAAUGUAAUGCAGAAAGCCCAUUGCACCCAGGUGGACAAGAUGGUGUCUCUGCACGAAAAGGAGAAGACAAACCUGGAGAAACUACUAGAGAAAGCCAUUAAGAAAAGAGGGGAAAACAACUGCCAAGAACUAAAGAAGGAGACAGAAGAUAAGAUCCAAACACUAGACACUGAUCACAAAUCCAAGGUAAAGGACAUCACAGCACAGCACACUAAAGAGUGGUCGGAGCUGAUCAGUAGUCACAGCAGUGAGGAGCAGGAGAUGAAGGACAGCCACGUCACACAGCAGUGUGAGCACCUCAAGAAACUCCUGACCUCUGUCCAGGAGCAGCAGACCUUGCAGCUCAAACUCAUCCAUGAACGGCAGAGCAAAGAGAUGCGUGCCAAUCAGGCCAAGAUGUCCAUGGAAAACAGCAAAGCCAUCAGCCAGGACAAGUCCAUCAAAAACAAGGCAGAGAGAGAGAGGAGAGUGCGAGAGUUAAACAGUAGCAACACUAAGAAGUUCCUGGAUGAGAGGAAGAGGCUGGCCAUGAAGCAUCAGAAGGAGAUGGAGCAGCUAGAGAAAAACCAGAGAGAACAGUUGGACAAACUGGAUAAGUUCAAUGAGCAGCUUUUGAAAUCACACCAUGCAAACAAACAGGUUCAAGGCCAAGGACAUGCAGCAGAUGGUGAAGUUGGAGGAGGAGAUGGACCGCAGACCUGCCACGGUGGUGUGAGCGACUGAGACCGAGACACAAACACACAGACACACACACACACACACACACACACAUAUAUGCAGGUGCAAAACACUCCACCACGGAUAGCCCUCUACAACCCAGAGACGUAAAUCCUGCUGACAACUCUGUCUCACUAAUAUUCACUCCGUGUUCUCCCACAAAUGCACCAUAGCUCUCCUCACCUCUUAGUUUCUGCUCAUUUUUACUGUCCUCUCCACUCUUAGCCCACAUACCAACUUUAUAUCACUGAGCCAUUGGUGCUUAUCACUGUUUCACAGGGGUUUUAACCACUUAUCGAGAGAGGAAGCGUUACCUCGGAGACAAAGCAACAGAGUCAGACACAUCCCCUCCUCCACUGUAUUUACAUCUAAAUUUUCUAUCACUUUCACUGUUCUCUGCAUCCUACGGGCACAACGCAAGCUGCAGCUAUUGGUGGUCACAUACACACAGACACGCACACACACAGGUCAGAUAAAGUGGAUAUCCGUUCCUUUUUUUGACUUGUUUUUUUUGUUUGUUUGUUUUUUAAAAAUCGGUACCCGAUAAACCGCAACAACUCCAGAAACAGUGUGGAAGAGGGGAGAAGAAUAUGUAUAAGAUUAAAUGUUUCAGCACAAGUGAAUAAACUUUUGUGAAUACACUGUACGCGCCACACCAGUCCUGUCCUGGGCACUUUGUAUGUGAUAGGCCAUCAUAACAAUGUGGAAAAUGUAGCAGUGCACUACUGUAGGUUUUCUGUAUUUCACAGUAAGAAUGUAUUUAAAAAAUUUAAAAAAUCACUGUAUGAAGGAGUGGCAACCCCCCCUGCCCCCGCCCCA